AUGUAUCAGGACGCCGGCCUCGACGACGGCGCCGGCCACGGCUCCCCCGACGGCUCCAUCGGCGGCGACUUCCACCACGGCGUCAGCCUCGUCAGCACCGGCGGCGGCGGCAAGGGCGCCAUCUUCGAUCUCACCAACCACGGCACCGACCCCCAUCAGGGCACCUUCGGCGGCAGCUUCGUGGCGUCGAGCAAGUACAGCGCCGCCGGGCACGAGGGCGGCGGCGGCGGCGGCGGUCACGGGGGCGGUUACGGGGUGUCCGAGGGCGCCGGUUGGGCGGCCAAUUACAGCCCGGUGUUGGGCGCCAGCGAGUCCGUCGGGGGCGGCGGCGGCGGCGGGGACGUCGGGCACGAGGGGUUGUCGGCGUACCAGGGGAGCUUCGGGGGCGGCGUGGAGGUGGAGGAGGCCUACCAUUGAUGACUGAACUGGGAUUUGUU